GUGGAGUUGCUGCGAUACCAGCGGUGUGGUGUGUGGAGAGUUCAUGGCGACCCGGGACUCCGGUGAGAGGAGGGGGUCCAGGCCCGCCUGGGGCUCCGCGGGGUUCUGUAGCUCCAGAAGCCCUCAGCGCGCCUGGGGGAGGGUCUUUGUCGACCCGGGGGACCUGCGGCACUUCUGCCCUUUUAGGUCACGGCCAGUAGUAACACCAUCUCACAGGCCCGUCUGAUCCACUGCCUGACAGCCUCAGCCAUUCAAGAGCAGUUUCUAUGUACUAUGGCCGUGGCGUUGCUCCUCAGGGGCUGGUGAAAGCUGCUACGAUUUGUCAGGGGGUGUGUGUUCUGGGUUUGUGUUGGUGGCUGGUGAUGCCUGAAGGACUGUCCCCAGAUAACCCAGAUGGGUAUUGACAACAGCUGUUCACUUCCAGUUUAUUUCAUGAGAGACUUGCAUUCUGUGGGCAGAUGCCGAAACAAUAAGUGCAACAAGAAUUAGGAGGAGUCAUCUGUUUUAACAGUACCACCUGAGGACUGAGUAAGCACUUGGGACUGAAAAGGCACUGCUGUCUCUCCUUACUCAUUGAUCUUCUGUGGUCCCUUCUGAGCACUGUCUGUCUCGUACCAUGCUUUUCCAGUAAUGAAGUGCUUUGCAGAUUUUUAAAGAAAAUUAAGCUCCUUUUGACAGGGGGAAGAAUUAAGCUUUAUAGAGUUGAUGCAUGAUAUUUUUAAAAAACCUUGUGCAAAAUAAAGGAGUAUUUCUAUCCAUUGUUCCAGAAAGAAGUUCAAAAAGAAAUAAAUAUGGCCAGCAGUCACAGACCUCCAAUAGCUCGUCCUUCUUCAAGAGCAGGAAUAGGGUUGACCACAAGGCCUUCCACUUCAUCAAGGACUGCAUCAGCAACCAGAAUAGGAACAGGGAUGCCUCCUAGUACAUCAAGACCUGUUUCUCGUGGUGGCCUUUCAGCUACUGGAGGAGUCUUAUCAUCUCAGAUUAAAGUUGCAGACCGUCCAGUGACUCAACAUGGUUUAAGUGGAAUGAAAACUGCAAUGAAAGGUCCUCAGAGACAGAUAAUGGAUAAAACAUAUUACCUGGGUCUGCUGAGAAGCAAAACAAGUGAACUAACAACAGAAAUUAACAAGCUGCAGGAAGAAGUAGAAAUGUACAAGCAAGAGAAAACUGUCUACUUGUCAUAUGAAAAAAGGGCAGAGGCUCUAGCUGGAGAAAUCAAAGAAUUUCAAGGUCAGCUAGCAGACUACAACAUGGUUGUGGAUAUACUUAAUACUAGUACAGAUAUGGCAGAAGUGAUUCACGAUUACAAUAUGUUAAAGGUUCAGAAUGACCAAGACACUCAGAGUGUGGAUAAAAUUUUCACAGAAAGACAAACCACAGAAAAGUUAAUUCAGACUGUAGAAGAAGAUAUUGAACGUGAAAAGGUUGUAGCAGAAGACAUAAUAAAAGACAUGUCAAAGGAAAAUCAAGCUAAAUAUAUGGAGAUGAAGGCUGCAAAUGAAAAACUCUCUCAGGAAUUGGUUGUUCAGCAACAGGAAUUGGAUGCACUAAAUAUAAAGGAGGAGGCUCUAAGAGCUGAAAUAGAACACUCCCAGGUGAAAAAGGAGGCUGUGCAGAUGUAUGAAAAGCUCCAUGAGCUCGAGGAACGUCGAGACCAAAUGAUUGCUGAGGAUAAGAAUAUGGAAUCUCCACAGGAGGAAAGAGAAAGGUUACUAAAACAGGUUAAGGAUGACAGUCAAGAAAUAGCGAGUAUGGACAGACAGCUGGCAGAAGUAAAAGAAAAAACAAACCACUUUAAAAAGGUCAUUCAACGACUUGAUACAGACCUGGAGAAUUAUGAAGGAGAAGAAAAUUGGAGAUACAAAGAGCUGAAGAAGAGGGAAGAAAGCAUGGACAAUUUUUUUGAGACUUUUGAAGAGGUGAAGAAUCAGGAAUUGGAACGAAAAGCCCAAAUAGAAGCCAACAUUGUUGCACUCCUGGAGCACUCAAGCAGGAAUGUGAAUCGUAUGAAACAAAUUUCAUCUGUUACCAAUCAAGAACUGAAGAUUAUGCAGGAAGACCUCACUUUUAAAUCAAAUGAAAUGCAGAAAUCACAGAGCACUGCUAAGAAUCUGAUUACAGAAAGCCAGAAACUGCAGAUGGACCUACAGAAGAUGGAACUCUUGGAGGGCAAGAUGGUUGAUGAACUAGCUUCUCUUCAAGACAAAAUAGAACAAACAAAAAUGGAUUUGAAGGUCUAUAAUAAUUUGCCAGCUCUGAAAGCAUCAGGAGAAGAGAAGAAACAGAGACUCCAGGAUGACAAAGAAAAAUUAACAAAACGAACCCAUGCUUUCAAGAAAAUAAUGGAACACUUGAAUACAGAGUAUGAGACAGUAAAGAGAGAGCUGCAAGAGAAUGAGACACAUUCUCAGCUUAUAAAUUUGGAGAGGAAGUGGCAACACCAUGAGCAAAAUAACUUUAUGAUGAAGGAAUUCAUAGCAACAAAAAGUCAGGAGAGUGACUACCAGCCAAUAAUGAAGAACGUGAGAAAGCUGGUCACAGAAUACAACAAAGCUCUCAUAGAAGCUUUACAGAACACCAAGAACUGAAUCCAGGCACUUCCUUCCUGCCCCAGGGGACCAACAAUGAAAGAUGUCCGCAGGCCGCAUGGAAAACUAGAUGCUGAACUCAUUCACUCACCACUAUGGCAACAGACUCUUAAAAGUAGUUCUUUCAGGUUUUUAGAAGUCACAGUUUUUAAUACUAUUCCUCUUUUGCAACAGUUAGUUAAAAUUUUAGAAAUUAACUUCUGAAUUUUAUAAACUUGUAGAAAUUAAAAAGAAAUACUGCGCAAUGAGUGUAAAAUCAUCACAAUAUUUUACUGAGGCCCAUUGCUGGAUUGAAAUGUGAAACUUUAGCCUGCUUGCACUCUAGUUGUCUUGUAGGCCUAUCGCUGCCAAACAUAACAGGAGUUUUUUCCUUGAAUAAGGAUUACCUGGCAGGCUGUCAUACACAUUAUCUUAAAUGAAGUGUAUAAUAAGAUUAAUGGUAAUAUAACAUCCCUAUUUAAACAGCAACUUAUGACAAAGAAGGAAAGCACCUAAGGAGGACAAGCAUCCUUUUGAGUCAGAAUUGCUUUAUACUAUAAAUGUCUUAUAAUAAAAUAGUCUUACAAUAAAAGCAAAUGUACU